UUAUUCGCUAUGAAGGCCUACGCCAUCUUGGCUCUCCUCCUCCUGGGGCAUUUGUGCCACAUUCAAGCAGCCACGCUGAACAAGCCAGCAACGAGCACGGACGAAACCACGAAGCUGCUCUCCGAGAAACUUUUCCAUUCCAUCAUUGAACACCGUGAUGAACUCCUUGAGGCUCUCAAGGGCAUCGACAGCACAGGCGACGGAACCGAUGAUCAGUUCCGGCCAUACGUACUUGCGACAAUUAUUUCAGCCAUUGCUGGAGGCGCCAUAUCGGCAGCUGUUGGAGCCGGUGUGCAGAAAGCAAUUAACAAAGACUGAACGUAUCGACCGUGAC